AUGUCCGAUCGUGUUCCGGAUGUCCAGCCUGUGGGCCUGGCAUUAAGGAAGUCACACUCUACUGUCCAACCGACUACACCUGGUGAUAUUCCAGAAACCGUACCUAUAGACCCGGCACUAGACGGAUCACCAUCAACUGGCCAAUCAAGCAAACCAGGCAAUCACCAACAAUACCGAUCAAGUGUAAAUCAAAUCGAUAAUGCCAAUGCGCAAACACAGGCGGCAGGAAACUGGAUGAGCCGGCCACCACCAGGGAGCACGACGCCGACACAGGUGCCUCCAAGAAAAAGAGGCAGACCGCGAGGUUCUCGUGCACCAAGGCGGAGAGAUGUUCGAGAAGGAAAUCGGGUGCAGGAACAUCAGCCAAGUGCAUACCAAGCCGACACCAUCAAUACUCAAAUACAGGGACCUGAAAGCUGGAUGAGUCGACCGUCGCCAAGGAGUACGACACCAAUACAGGCGCCUCCAAGAUCAAGAGGCAAACCGCGAAUUCUCGUGCAUCAAGACGGAAAGAUGCCCGGGAAAGAAACUGGCGGCAAAGGAGACAAACCCAACAGCAAAGACCACUGGUUGCCGUUGGGACCCCCCCAGCCAGUUCCCAGUUGCCAUCUAAUGCUCCACGACGUCAGAAAAGGAGGUCGCAACAAGCACAGCAACUAA